GACGAUGCAAGUAGACGUUGCAGGUGGAAAAUAUAUUUUAAUUCUUAAAUGAAUAAUCAAGGAGAUGAUUACAUCUGCAAAUUUUUCUGAUCUUGAACUAUAUUUGACCCGAGCUCCGCUGGUUAGGAGGUGUUUGGUUCAGCUACAGGGUGCUCACCGGAGGAGGAGUUGACGGUGCGUCUGCGGUGCGCGGCGGAUAAACGGUGCGCUCAGACGCACAGACGGAGCCAAACCAACAGCAACACCUGGAGACUCAACUUCCACCACGCGCAGGUUGUGUCCACAGUAGCAGCGGCGGGGAUGGGACAUGACUUGUCCGAGUAAGAGAGCGGCUCUUUCAUGCUCUCUUGUACCUUUUACGGAGAGGCCGGGCAGCAACUUCAGGGCACCUCGUGAGUUUCUGAGAAGAGGACAGACUGCUGUUUUCCUUUGACUGGACUCAGCCGAGUGUCAGGAUGCCAUGACCCUCUCAGCUAUCAUAACCAGGCUUUGUUGUCCAAAUCAUUAGAGAGAUUCCUGAGUCCAAUGGCCACGCUGGAGACCUCUCAUUUCUGGCUGCUGAAUAGAAUGGCCGCUGAUGAACGGCAUCUACCGUCCAGCUGUGGGUCCUACAUCAAGACAGAGCCAUCCAGUCCCUCCUCGGUCAUUGACACAGUCAGCCACCACAGUCCCAGCGGAAACUCGGACGCCAGCGGCGGCUAUGUCAGCACCAUGAACAGCCACUCCAACGGCCUGGACUCUCCACCAAUGUUCACCCCCGGCGGGCUAGGCGCCGGCUCCUGCCGUAAGCGCUACGAUGACUGCUCCAGUACCAUCAUGGAGGACUCAUCCAUAAAAUGCGAAUACAUGUUGAACUCCCUCCCCAAGAGGCUGUGCCUGGUCUGUGGAGAUAUAGCCUCAGGGUAUCACUAUGGGGUGGCUUCUUGUGAGGCCUGCAAAGCCUUUUUUAAAAGGACAAUACAAGGUAACAUAGAAUACAGCUGUCCCGCCACAAACGAAUGUGAGAUCACAAAACGGAGACGCAAAUCAUGUCAGGCUUGUCGCUUCAUGAAAUGCCUCAAAGUGGGGAUGCUCAAAGAAGGUAAGAAGAGGGUUCGUCUGGACCGUGUACGAGGGGGCAGACAGAAGUACAAGCGGAGGCUGGACACAGAAAACAACCCUUACUUGGGCUUGACGCUCCCCCCACCUACCAAAAAGCCUCUCACAAAGAUAGUGUCUCACCUGUUGGUGGCAGAGCCAGAAAAGAUCUAUGCCAUGCCUGACCCAACCAUGCCAGAGAGUGACAUCAAGGCUCUCACCACGCUCUGUGACCUGGCUGACCGUGAGCUAGUGGUCAUCAUCGGCUGGGCCAAACACAUCCCAGGUUUCUCCACCCUCUCUCUGGGAGACCAGAUGAGUCUAUUGCAGAGCGCCUGGAUGGAAAUCCUAAUCCUCAGCAUCGUGUUCCGCUCAUUGCCCUACGAGGACGAGCUCGUCUACGCCGAGGACUAUAUCAUGGAUGAGGAGCACUCGCGGCUGACGGGCCUGCUUGACCUCUAUGUCUCCAUCCUGCAGCUGGUGCGCAAGUACAAGAAACUCAAGGUUGAGAAGGAGGAGUUUGUCACCCUGAAAGCCAUCGCUCUCGCCAACUCAGACUCCAUGCACAUAGAGGACAUGGAGGCCGUCCAAAAGCUGCAAGACGCUCUCCACGAGGCCCUUCAGGACUACGAGAGCAGCCAGCACCAGGAGGACCCACGACGGGCUGGCAAACUGCUCAUGACGCUCCCCCUACUGAGGCAGACUGCAACUAAGGCUGUGCAGCACUUUUAUAGCAUUAAGGUGCAAGGCAAGGUGCCAAUGCACAAACUCUUCCUAGAGAUGCUGGAGGCCAAGGUCUGAUUGGAGGCAGAGGCCUGCAAUAAAAAGAGUGACUUGAAUCAUGGCUGAGGGUUCUCAAGACGCAGAACCAGCAAUGUCAUUUGCAAAGCAGAGACUUCGAUCUACCAUCUUUGUGGAUCCUUUGGACUUAUAAUAAUGAUUAAAAAACAAGUGGAAAACUUGGUUAUUAGUAUAAAUAUAAAAUGAUGCAGAUUAAUUUAAAAUAUAUAAUAAAUACUAUGUACAGUAAUAAUUUUCUUUUGUAAUUAUCAGUGGUCACGCUGUAUAUGAAGGACCUUUUUGCCCCUUUGCAUCUUCAGAACAAGCUCCAAAAAAUGUUGUUCUUAAGAAAGCAAAGGCGUCAAUAACCAUAAGAAAACUUGUGUGUUGUUGUUUUUUUUUUUUUGUCUGGACUUAACCAGGACAUGUAAAUAAUUACUACUUGGAAAGCUGAGUGUUCGGUCCAAAGCUGAACAACCUUGGUAACCAUUUUCCCUUGUUCUCCUCCUCCCCCCAAAAAAAAAGGUUGUAAAAGAGAAGAGAAAUAAGGGAAAUAGUUACCUAAAUGUGAACUCUUAUU